AUGGGGGAGGAGAGGGGACAAGGCCCCAGUGUCCUCCAGCGGCCGGGAGCAGCCGGAGGAGAGUUCAUGAUGAAGUCUGGCCCGGGACAAGAGGCCAUUGUGCAGCCGGUGCCUGGCGCCAGGGCCCUGGGUCCGGCAGAUGCAGCUGUGCCACCGCCAGCAGCCUCCCAUUGGGGACGGGGACGCACACGUGUGUCCCGGGGAUCUUCCUGGGGCACACGUGGCCAGGCAUGUUGGGGCAGCGGUGUGCCAGCCCUGGGGGAGGGGCUCUGCCCGAGGCACCCUCCCCAAGUCUCCCCAAUCCUUGCCGCCACCCUAGGAGGCCUGUGCUCCAAGUCUGAUCCCGGUCGGCCUGACAAGGACCGAGACGGAGAUCCGGGGCCAGCGGAGCAACCUUCUGACCCGAGUCUUCCGCCUGUGACUCCCGGCCCUGCCCCCUGCCCAAUACUGCGCUGCGAUAGACUGCGCCCCAUAGAACAGGGCUCAGUCCCUCACUUGCCACAUCAAGCCUUGAUGAAGCACCUACUGCGUGCCAAGAACCGGGUGAGCCCUCAGUGGUCCCGUGCACACCCGCCGCCCGGCCCCGAGAUGUCCCGGCACCACAGCCACGGGAACGAGAGGCCCCUCCGCUGGGAUCCGGAAGGGGCGCCAACGCCCCACACCAUCACCAGCCUCGUGGUCAGCUCCUCCUCCGGGCCGGCCAGCAAGGUCCCCGGGCUCUCCAAGGUCGAGACUCCGGCGCAGGGAUUGGCGACCAGUGUCAGGUGGGGGCAGACGCCCAUCAACCAGUCCACGCCUUGGGACACGGACGAGCCGCCGCCCAAGCAGAUUCGGGAGAGUGAGAACCCAGGAACCACGCCUUGGGUGACCGCCGUGACCGCGGGGAGCCAGCCAGCCCUCCUCGCCCACUCCUACGGGAUGACCCAGCCGCCUGCCUUCAGUCCGGCCGUGAGCGUCCCGGCCCCCGUGAUCGGGGUGACCCCCUCGCUGCCGCUGAUGCCGGCCCACUACCAGCUGCAGCCUCAGCCUCCGCAGCCCUUGAGCAGCCUGGUGGUCACCCUGCCCAGUCAGAGCCUGUACAGUGCCAGCCAGCCCUUGAGCCUGACCUCGAUGCCCGGCGUGGGGCCGGUGGCCCGCCCGGGCCCCACGGCCAUCGGCAACGGGCACAUGCCGUGCCCCGUCCUCCCGCCGCCGCCGCCUCCCUCCGUGCCUGCGGCCGCCCUGCCCAACAGCAUCCCCACCACCAACGGGCCCGCGGGACCCCCGGCGCCCCCCCCGGACUCUGCUCAGGGCCAGAACGUCCAGAUGCUCCGGACGAUCGGCAUGGGGAAAUACGAGUUCACGGACCCCUGGCAUCCGAAAGACGCCAAAACACAGCAGGAUCUCUGGAAACCAAAACCAGAUCCUCUGGACACCAAACCGUCAGGACUCUCUGGACCUCAGGGGAACCAGAAAAAACCUCUGGGCCAGAACCUCGGGCUCUUGCCCAGAACGUCGGGUCUUAAUCAGGCAUGGGACUCUGAACCGCCCAAGAGCCCAGUCCGGACUCUGGACACCAGAAAACGGAUUUCCCCGGGCCUCUGGACACCAGAACAACAGUCAGGACUCUCUGGACACCAGAACGUCAGGACUCUCGGACACCAGAACUCGGGCCAUCUAGACACCAAGCGGUCAGGCUCUCUGGACACCAGAACCGUCAGGAUUCUGGACACCGAACCGUCAGGCCCUGGACACCCAGAAAGACUCUUAGACACCAAGGACUCGGGAUCUCUGACACAGAACCAUCAGGACCCUGGACACCAGCCGUCAGGACUCUUGGACCCAGAACCGUCAGAGACACCAGAACAGUCAGGACUCUCUGGACACCAGAACACAGUCAGGACUCUCUGGACACCAGAACACAGUCAGGACUCUCUGGACACCAGAACCGGCAUAGACCAGUAUAAAACAGAUAAAGGAGAGCCCCCGGGAAGUUGCCGGCAGUUGGUCGGCCCGGGAGAGCCUCCUGCACGAAGGGAUGCCUGUGAUGAAGCGUCAAACAAGGCGGCUCGACUGCUUUCAGGACGACAGUCCUCAGACAGGUCUGUUCCCUGGGUCAUCCGCUUGCAGUUCUCCACCUGGAGCGGCUCCUCAGACGAGUGCCUUAGAGCUAGCAGCGAGUUCUCUGCAGCCUGCUUUCCCUUUUGGCCGACAGCCGAGAGCCUGAGAACAGGACGGAUUGUUAGGGCUGUCUUGAUGCAGCCACAAAGAGGCCUGGCUUUGGAGCUGGGGGCUGGGGUCCAGACCCCUCCCCCGAGGGUGGCUCCCUGUGUGACCUUAAGUAAAUCAUUGGCCAUCCCUGAACCUGGAAAACAGGGGCUCUAUGGCCUGGGAAUUGGGAGCUGUGUGAGGGCCUGGAUGCAGAAGAGGAAGCUCCCACGGGGCCGGGUCAUUGUGGUGCCAGAUGCGGAGCGGGGCCCUGGGGGCAGGUGUGCCAUGCUUUCUGAUCCCCCGAGAGAAGCACGUGAGCGAGGCUGGCCGGGGCGGCCCCGCCGGGGAGCGGGGGGCCGGGCCGCGCCCGGGGCGCUGAGGAGGCUCUGGUCUGCUGUGCCUAGGUCUCCCCGCGAACGCGACGGCCGAGACAAACUGGAGCUCAGCCUGCCCGACCUGCGCGCCGACGUGCUGGAGCUGCUGCUCGAGUUCGUCUACACCGGCUCGCUGACCAUCGACGCCGCCAACGCCAAGACGCUGCUGGAAGCCGCCAGCAAGUUCCAGUUCCACACGUUCUGCAAAGUCUGCGUGUCCUUCCUGGAGAAACAGCUGACCCCCGGGAACUGCCUGGGAGUGCUGGCCAUGGCGGAGGCCAUGCAGUGUGGCGAGCUGUACCACAUGGCGAAGGCUUUCGCGCUGCAGAUCUUCCCCGAGGUGGCGGCCCAGGAAGAGAUUCUGAACAUCUCCAAGGACGACUUCAUCGCCUACGUGUCCAACGACAGCCUCAACACCAAAGCGGAGGAGCUGGUCUACGAGACCGUGAUGAAGUGGAUCAAGAAAGACCCGGCAUCCAGAGCCCAGCACGCCGCCGAGCUGCUGGCCGUGGUGCGCCUGCCCUUCAUCCACCCCAGCUACCUGCUCAACGUGGUGGACAACGAGGAGCUGAUCAAGUCGUCUGAGGCCUGCAGGGAUCUGGUCAACGAGGCCAAGCGCUACCACAUGCUGCCCCACGCCCGUCAGGAGAUGCAGACCCCCCGCACCCGACCGCGGCUCUCGGCAGGGGUGGCCGAGGUCAUCGUCCUGGUUGGGGGCCGACAGAUGGUGGGGAUGAGCCAGCGCUCACUGGCUGCCGUCACCUGCUGGAACCCACAGAACAACAAGUGGUACCCCUUGGCAGCCCUCCCCUUCUACGACCGGGAGUUCUUCAGUGUUGUCAGUGCCGGGGACAACGUCUACCUCUCUGGUGGGAUGGAGUCAGGGGUGACUCUGGCUGACGUCUGGUGUUACAUGUCCCUGCUUGACAACUGGAACCUGGUCUCGAGGAUGACGGUCCCUCGGUGCCGGCACAACAGCCUGGUGUACGAUGGCAAGAUCUACACCCUAGGAGGCCUUGGCGUGGCUGGAAACGUGGACCACGUGGAAAGGUAUGACACUAUCACCAACCAAUGGGAGACCGUGGCCCCCCUCCCCAAGGCUGUGCACUCGGCCGCAGCGACCGUGUGUGGGGGCAAGAUCUAUGUGUUUGGAGGAGUGAAUGAGGCCGGCCGGGCAGCUGGGGUGCUGCAGUCCUACGUCCCGCAGACCAACACGUGGAGUUUCAUCGAGUCUCCGAUGAUCGAUAACAAGUAUGCCCCGGCCGUCACCCUCAAUGGUUUCAUCUUCAUCCUGGGGGGCGCCUACGCCCGGGCCACCACCAUCUAUGACCCCGACAAGGGCAACAUCAAGGCAGGCCCCAACAUGAACCACUCGCGCCAGUUCUGCAGCGCAGUCGUGCUGGACGGAAGAAUCUAUGCCACGGGAGGCAUCGUCAGCAGCGAGGGGCCGGCUCUGGGCAACAUGGAGGCCUACGAGCCGACCACCAACACGUGGACCCUCCUUCCACACAUGCCCUGCCCUGUCUUCCGGCACGGCUGUGUGGUCAUCAAAAAGUACAUCCAGAGCGGAUGAGGCCCUGGGACACGCGUGUGGGGCCGUGGACACGGCCAGGGAGGCGGGCCACACGCCACAACGGCGAGAAACGCAGCGUGACGGACGGACAGACGCAGAAUUCCCUGCGCUGGACUCUAGAGCAUUCUCCGCAUCGAAUGUAGAACGGUCGCCCCCACCUCCGUGUUUGGGGAGCUGGGGUGCGGCUGGUGCUCCAUGCUAGGGGUGCUCGUGUCACUCGUGCCCUUCCCGGGAGUCCAGGCAUCGCCAGCCCAGGUGCAAUAGAAACGCCCCCUUUCCACUCAUGGGGUGGGAGGGACAAAGCCGCCUUCCCCCUCCCAGGGGAGCCCCCCCACUCGCUUCGACUCCCAGCUCAGCUUUUCAAACAUCUCAGGCUCUCGGUGGCUGGGUGCUGGGGUGGGGGGGGGGGGUGAUGGCGGCCCUGGAGGUACGUGGGACCAGAGCCCCGUGCCCAGCUCUGAGUGGGAGCAAGCCAGCAGCACCAAGGGAGAAUGGCAAGGCAGCCCAGCCCCCUCCCCAGGCAGACUGGGGGAGACCGCCAGGGCUGCUUCCUCCAAUCCCUUUUGAAUCCUUGACCUUUCUGAGAGCAAAAGGCCACUUUAGGGGCCUGAAAAGAAGAGGUAAGUAGAGAAAGGGGUAGGAGUGAGAGACUGGCCGUCGCAGCCUUUGGGGCCAUCCCGCUCCCUUUCUACAUGCAGAUUAGAGAUUCCUGGCUGCUCUCAGAGGCGCACCCUGGCUUUAUUUUAGGGAACCUCUCUAGCCCGACAGCCUGUGGAAGCUGUGCCUUGUGGGGGGUGUCCCUGGAGAGGCUGACGCUGAGCCUGCGAGGGAGCCAAGGCGAGUGGGGGGCCGGGCUGGGGGCCAGGCAGAGGGAAGUGUCUCUACAAAGCACAGGAGAUUAUUUUUGAUAUUGAUAGCUAUCUAUUGACGGGCUCCCGGGAGAGCUCACGGUGGGGACAAGCCUUUUCCCAUUUUUAACUAGUCCGUGGCAAAGGCAGCUCCGGGCUGGCCGAAAUGCUCCCUUCCUCCCCCGGGGGGCCAUGGCCCCCAUCAGCCACUGGCUCCCGGACCACGGGGCAGCCACAGAGACACGGCCAGGACGGAAUCUCUGUGUCCCAGGACUUGCGCCCCCACUCGGACCUCCGAUCUGCCCGAUCCUGGUUAUGCAGCGAUGUGGGAGAUUAUUUAUUCUUUCUUUUUUAAAGUAAUAAGCACAAUGAAACUUCACCCGUCCUCCGUCAUCGCGUCCUCGUGUUACCGGGGCGGUGCGUCCCGGCGCAGGCGAUGACCGACGAUGUGUCCAAUUCCCCUCCUCUCCUCAUCGGUCACACUGGAGCAAAGCUGGCAAUUUCUGUGAGCUCUCUGCACAGGGUUCUCUGGUACAGGACUGUAUAUAGCUACGUUUAUUGGUUAGCCCUUGGUAUACCGUAAUAAAUCUAUUUAUAGACCUAGA